AUGUUGAGCCUCAGCCCCGACAUUAAUUUCCAUUUCCAGCUGCUUCGCUUGCUAGCAUCAGUUCGCACAUCCGCUGCUGACGUUGGAGAAGUGCUCAACAUCUGCGAGCGUGUCAAGCCCGGUGACUAUGAGAGCUGGUAUCAAGCCUUUGACAACAUGGCCCAAUGGGUCAAGUCCACCAUCGAGCCAGAGGAAGGGUUGGACAAAAUCAGCCUGCGAGAAGCAUAUUUCCGUAUCUCACGCUAUGCUUACGGCUCGGGCUUCUACCUGACCGGCACCGGGGCGGGUCCUAAGAACGAAGAAAGGAUAAUCAAAGUCUGGAAGGACUGGACCCUUUACUUCCGAAAGGCUACCAGCCUGAUGGACAUUCCUCCGGAGCACCAUACCAUUCAGACGGAUGGAUUCACCAUCCCCGUCAUGUUGUUUCGUGCCUCUUUGGACGACACGCCGCGACCGUGCGUCAUCCUCGGCAGCGGCCUCGACGGCUCCAUGGAAGAGAUGUUCCACUUCCACGGCCCUGCCGCCCUUGACCGAGGCUACCAUGUCAUCAUCUACGAAGGCCCCGGCCAGACAGGAUUCCGCCGUGCUCAGAAUCUCGGGUUCAUCCACGACUGGGAGCGAGUCGUCACGCCCGUCGUGGACUGGCUGCAGCCUCUAUCCUUCAUCGACUCGAGCCGCGUCACCCUCUUCGGCCUCUCACUGGGCGGCUAUCUCGCCGGCCGCGCUGCGUGUUUCGAGCACCGCCUCGCCGCACUCAUCCUCAUCGACGGCAUCUUCGACGUCUCCCAGACCGCCACCGCCCUCUACGGCCCGGACGUCAUGCAGUACGACCAUCCCGACACGAUCGACCAAUUCCACGAGGCGAUCAGCCUCAAAGGCCGGUCGAGCACAAGCAUCGAAUGGAUCAGUGGCCAUUUUAGAUGGGCGUUCAAGACCGACACCGUCUACGACGCCCUGCAGAAGUUGAAGCUCAUGUCUUUGGCCGGUGGCCUGUUGAACAACGUCACCUGUCCCGUCUUUGUCGGUGAUGCAGAGCAUGACUUGUAUGUCGCGGCUUCACAGCCCCCGCUUGUCGCCGAGGCCUUGGGCAAGAAGGCCACGUACAAGCAGUUCACAAAGGCUGAGUCCGCCGAGGCGCAUUGCCAUGUCGGUGCCACUGCCUUUGCGAACCAGGUCAUUUACAAGUGGCUCGCAGAACAGCUUGCUUUGCCAAAUUGA